CACAUGCUUUUUGCCCCUCCUUUUUCCCAUUUUCUCUUCUUCUUGUUCUUUUGUGCCUAUUGUUACUUCCAGAUGUUACUUCUACUCCCGCUUCUUCUAUUUCCAUCAGCCACAUUGGCUCUUUAUGAUUGUUUUAGUGGAUUUGUGGGACGAAUGCAGGCAUCAGUUGAAGAAAAUCAUUUCCACAUAAAUGACACCGCAAUGUGCUCGGCAAUGUAUUGUAUAAAAGUGAUUCUACAUUCAGCUCUAGACGACGAUGGAAUUUUCCAGCAAGGAAUCUCCUCUCGAUGUGCCUAUACCGGAGGUGAUCGUCAAGUUUGCCAAAAGAGCGAAGGAAAAUGUCAGGAUAUUUCAUUUUAUGAUGGAAUGAAAGGAAAUUUUUCAUUCUGCUGCUGUAAAGAAAACAAGUGCAACGUGGCCACUCAAACCGAAUUAAACUCGAUAUACUCAAUGAAUUCAAGAUCUGCACGAAAAACCAAUGGCUCAUAUGGUUACCCUCUUAUUAUUUUAAAUGUUAUUUCAGUUUUUGCUCUAGCGUUAAUAUUUGGAUUUUAGAUAAAACAAAUAAAAAAUAAAAAUUUACAAUAAUUCAUU